AUGAGAAACAAAAUUGCCCAGGAGCAUCUAUCUCCACCUGAAUAUUUGAGACAUUUUGUACCACCUCGAAGUAUUCAUCGUCGACAUCAUCAUCAUCAUCCAAAUACAAUUCAAAUUUAUUGGAAUUCGACAAACGAACUAUUUUCAUUAUCAUCAUCACAAUCAACAGCUAUUUUAUACGUACAUCUCGGUGAUAAAGUAGAUUUUAUUUGUCCAAAAUCGAUGAAUCCAUUAUAUGAUCCAGUUGAAUAUAAUUCUCUUUAUAUUGUAUCAAAAGAUGCGUAUAGACAAUGUUAUUCAUCGAAUUAUAAACCAUUAAUACGUUGUAAUCGACCAUUUGAAACACAAAUUUAUACAAUGACAAUUUCUAAUUUUUUACCAUAUCCUGAUGCAAUCGAAUUUCAUGAACAACAAGAAUAUUAUUUUAUUUCAACAUCAAAUGGAGAUAUUGAAGGAAUUGAUCAAAAAUACGAUGGUUUAUGUCGUACAAAAAAUAUGAAACUCAUUAUGGAUGUUCAAAAAUAUUAUAAUCAUUAUUCAUCUAUUCCAAAUUUGACAUCGAAUCUUUUGUCAAUAUUAAGUACAAAAAUGAAAUCUGCAUAA